AUUGCUUCUCAGAAAGAGAGCGAGAGAGAGGGGUGGUGGUGAAAGCGUCCUGCUCUCCUUCAGUUGGACUUUCUCCGAUCGCGUUCCAAACCUCCAUUUGAUCCCGAUCCUGACUCGAGACCUUCGAUCGUUUCCUCCCUCUCUUCCUCUCUCUCCCCAAAUUUCCCGGUUUUUAGUGCUUGAAAAUGGUGUCUGCGAAUCGGGAAAUGGCGGUCUACUGUUUCGAUACCCUCGUCGCUCAUUACAACAGCGAGCAAGCGCCUCCUCCUGCCUUCGACGAAGGCCAGCACCCAUUGUUCGUCACUUGGAAGAAAGCAGUCAAUGGAGGUGAGCCUCGUUUGCGUGGAUGCAUAGGAACUUUAGAAGCUCGUUGCCUUAUCAAUGGGUUCAGAGACUAUGCUUUAACCAGUGCUCUGAGGGACCGCCGGUUCCCUCCCAUACAAGCCAAAGAAUUGCCUUAUUUAGAAUGUACAGUUUCCAUUCUGACUGAUUAUGAGACUGCUCUCCACUACCUCGAUUGGGAGAUUGGAAAGCAUGGACUUAUCAUUGAAUUCACUGACCCUGAUUAUAACACAAGGCGCAGUGCGACAUACUUGCCUGAGGUGGCUGCCCACGAAGGUUGGACAAAGAUGGAGACGAUUGACUCACUGAUGCGCAAAGCUGCUUACAAUGGUGCUAUCACCGAGUCGCUUCGCAAGCGCGUCCGUCUGACACGGUACCAGAGCACACUCUACACCAUGCACUACAGUGACUAUGCCUCCUAUGUUAAAAGAACGAGAGGGACAGUCCCUGCGGUUGCCAGUGCCAAGCCUAACCACUGAUUUAUCCAAACAGCUUCAUUGUCCAAUUCGAAAUAUUGGAAAGACUUAUUGAAAGCAAUGGUUGGGUGUGGAGGAUCAUGAUAUGGAUUCCCACCCCCCUUGGCUCUUUAAUCUGUCCCCAUUGUUUCUUCAAAUUGCAUUGGAAGGAAGAAAUAUAAGAAACUCAGACAAACUGUAUGUAUGAAAACUCAGGUUUUAGCAGCUUUAUAGAGCUGUAUUAUCUAUCUGGAUUUCAAUUAAGCCUUUUUCUGUAUGGAGUCGGAGGCCGCAUCUCUGCAAAUGUUCCUAUUCAACUGCAUGGAAAGGUAUAAAUAUAAUUCAACUGUGUGGAGAA